AUGGCACCACCACCACCCACCGCACAGGGCGAGACGCUCCAAGAUCGCCUUCUGAAGCUCGCUCAGACGCUGCAGUUCGCAUGGUUUGUCGGCCAUGUGACUCUGCUCCUGACCACCCUCCGCUAUGGCCUCAGCUACAUCAUGUUCAGAUACUACAGCCGCUGGGCCCAGUUCAGCUACCGCACCGCUUUCGUAGCGGCAGCAGCGACAUACGGCAUUGUUGUCUUUAAGGGAUACCGUGCCCGUCAGAAGAGUGGAAAGGCACCGCAGAGCCCAGUUGCUUUGGUGACCGACGAGAAUGUGCAAUAUCUUGCAAUGGCCCUACUCUGGCUCUUUUCCCGCCAGUACCCGCUCGCAUUGCUGCCAUACGCCAUCUACAGCGUGUUCCACGUCCUGACUUACACUCGCGGCAUUCUCCUCCCAACUCUCCAGCCCCCACCAGCUACACCUGCUGGCCAGAAGCCCCAGUCCUCCGGUCUUGCCGACACCAUUGGCCGUUUCGUUAAGGACUACUACGAUGCCAGCAUGUCUCUUGUCGCCGGCCUUGAACUUGCCCUGUGGUUCCGCAUCCUUGGCUCUGCUAUCAUCUUCGUCAAGGGUAGCUGGAUCAUCCUGGCCCUCUACACCGUCUUCCUGCGCGCCCGCAUUAGCCAAAGCACUUUCGUCCAGGGCAUGAUCAAGCAGGCCGGUGCUCGCGGUGAUGCGCUCGUCCAGAGGCAAGACGUGCCACCAGCGGCCCGCCAGGCAUGGGACACCGCCAAGAACGUCCUUAAGCAGAUUCAUGACCAGACCGACAUCAACCGCUAUGUCGGUGGUGGUGCCGCCGCCCAGCAGCAGCCAAAGAAGGCGCAGUAA